GCGAAACACCCUUGGGCAAGAUGGGUCUAUACCGUGUCCGCCUGGCCACCGGGGCCUCGCUCUUCGCAGGCUCCACCAACCAAGUGCAGCUGUGGCUGGUUGGGCAGCACGGGGAGGCGUCGCUCGGGACGCACCCGUCGCCCGGGCGGGGCAAGGAGUCAGAAUUCAAGGUGGACGUGCCGGAGUACCUGGGGCCGCUGCUGUUUGUGAAACUGCGCAAACAGCACCUCAUCCGGGAUGACGCCUGGUUCUGCAACUGGAUCUCGGUGCAGGGCCCCGGGGCCAGUGGGGACGAGUACAGGUUCCCUUGUUACCGCUGGGUGGAGGGCGACCGCGUCCUGAGCCUAGCGGAGGGCACCGGCUGCAUGGUGCUUGACGACCCUCAAGGCCUGUUCAAGAAGCACAGGGAAGAGGAGCUGGAAGAGAGAAGGAAGCUGUACCGGUGGGGUAACUGGAAGGAUGGCUUAAUCCUGAAUGUGGCUGGGACCAAAACAUGUGACCUUCCUGUAGAUGAGAGAUUUCUGGAGGACAAGAGAAUUGACUUUGAGGCUUCACUGGCCAAAGGGCUGGCAGACCUUGCUAUCAAAGACUCUUUAAACAUUCUGACUAGAUGGAAUGAUCUGAAUGACUUCAACCGGAUUUUCUGGUGUGGGCAGAGCAAGCUGGCUGAGCAAGUGCGGGACUCCUGGAAGGAGGAUGCCUUAUUUGGGUACCAGUUUCUCAAUGGCACCAACCCCAUGCUGCUGAGGCGCUCUACUCACCUUCCUGAACGCCUAGUGUUCCCUCCAGGGAUGGAGGAACUGAGGGCCCAGCUGGAGAAGGAGUUGGAGGGAAAUACGCUGUUUGAAGCUGACUUCUCCCUGCUGGAUGGGAUCAAGGCCAAUGUCAUCCUAUGCACCCAACAGCACCUGGCUGCCCCUCUGGUCAUGCUGAAACUGCAGCCUGAUGGGAAACUCUUGCCCAUGGUCAUCCAGCUCCAGCUGCCGAAAAUAGGGUCCCCGCCACCUCUGCUUUUCCUGCCCACGGAUCCCCCAAUGGUCUGGCUUCUGGCCAAGUGCUGGGUCCGUAGCUCUGACUUCCAGCUUCAUGAGCUGCAGUUUCAUCUUCUGAGGGGACACUUGGUGGCUGAGGUCAUUACUAUGGCCACCAUGAGGUGCCUUCCGUCACUACAUCCUAUCUUCAAGCUUAUGAUUCCCCACCUGCGGUACACGCUGGAAAUUAACGUCCGGGCCAGGAGUGGGCUGGUUGCCGACAUGGGAAUAUUCGACCAGGUGAUGAGCACAGGUGGGGGAGGCCACGUGGAGCUGCUCAAGCGAGCCAGAGCCUUCCUGACCUAUAGAUCAUUCUGUGUCCCUGACGAUUUGGCUGACCGGGGGCUCCUGGGGGUCAAGUCUUCCUUCUAUGCCCAAGAUGCUCUGGGGCUCUGGGAAAUCAUCUCUCGGUACGUGGAGGGAAUUGUGAAUCUCUACUAUAAGACAGACGAGUCUGUGCGAGACGACCCUGAGCUGCAGAGCUGGUGUCGAGAGUUCACUGAAGUGGGGCUGCUAGGGGCCCAGGACCAAGGGUUUCCUGUCUCUUUACAGUCUCGGGAACAGGUUUGCCGCUUUGUCACCAUGUGCAUCUUCACCUGCACUGGCCAGCACUCCUCUGUCCACCUGGGCCAGCUGGACUGGUGCUCUUGGGUCCCUAAUACACCCUGCACGAUGCGGCUGCCCCCGCUGACCACCAACAAUGCAACACUGGAGACUGUGAUGUCAACACUGCCUAACUUUCACCAAGCCUCUGUCCAGAUGUCCCUCAUUUGGCAACUGGGCAGAUGCCAGCCCACUAUGGUGGCUUUGGGCCAGCAUAAGGAGGAGUAUUUUUCAGGCCCUGGGCCCAGGGCUGUGCUGAAGAAGUUCAGGGAGGAGCUGGCUGCCCUGGAUAAGGAAAUUGAGAGCCGGAAUGCAAAGCUGGACAUGCCUUAUGAGUACCUGCGGCCCAGCCUGGUGGAAAACAGUGUGACCAUAUGAACGUCCCCAGCCUUUGGCUGUUUCAGCCCCGCUCCAGGCCACAACCAUGUGCCUUUGUGGUUUCAGUCCUUCCCUCCCAAGCCCUGCCCUCUUCCCCAUGUCCCACCCUCAUUGUCUCUGCCUCCAGCAAACAGAUUUUAUUCUAGAUGUAUCACCUAGGGGCCUCACUCCUCCUUCCUCCCUCCCUCCUUUUCUCUUUCCCUCCGUCUUCAUUCAGAUCAGGAUGAUAAUACGUAUUACUCCACACCUUUUAUGCACCAAAUGUGAUUCUGAACCUAAAUUGAGUUUAACAACACAAAAAGAUAUUUUAGACUAAUGAUAGAAAAGAAUGAGGAUGACUGUGUUUAAUAAAACAUUGGCAAAAGAUUAUAGAGCAUCACAAAAUUUCUCUUUGUCACUGGGUAGGAUUUAGCACAUGUCCUGAAGCCAGACACACCACAAAGCAAAGCAUUAACGCAGCGACUCUCAAGAGUUUUGACUCGCAAGAUUUUCAUUUCAUGGCUCACUUAGAAAAUGAUGAUCGAAAGUAAGCCGGUUACACCGGGGAAGCUGCUUUUG